AUGAGACUAGUAAUCACACUGCCAAAACUUAUAAGUUGCCACUCUAAGAACACUAAGCCAAGACCUGCUCAAGUUCCUAGAAAUUUUCACACUAGCAUAAAUCCCCACAUGUCAGCAGCACUACUAUCAUUCCUUGGAGUAUAUAUCCUCCCAGAGGCAGAGAGGCUGACCAUGGCUAAUUGGGCCAACUAA